AACUUCCACUUGGGCCUAGACUCUGUCCCAAACCGGCCAUUUCAGAGACGUCUUUGAGUGCGGAGUUCGAAAUUGGGCUGUUUUCAACGAUCAUUAUGAUGAUCGUAGCACUUCCACUUCGUUCCUUAAGACGAACGCACUGCAAAAUGCUAAUGAUGUCGCGCGCUUUGUCUUCCACAUCAGGGAUAGCCAUAGAUAUCCGCCAACAAUUAUUGUCCGGAGUCAAGACCGCUAUGAAGACCAAGGAUUCAAUAACUUCCACAACGAUACGCUCCAUUCUCUCGGAAGUCUAUGCUGCUGACAAGUCAGCUGGUUCACCCGUGUCAUCCUCCGCUAUAACCGCGAUCCUACGAAAAGCUACCUUACGACGUCAUGAUUCUGCCAUUCAGUUUGUCAAUGCUUCCAGACCGGACUUGGCACAGAAAGAACAUCGCGAAGCAGACAUUCUUGCGGCUUUUUUACCCCCUUUGAUGUCGGAAGCGGAUAUCGACCGUGUUCUCAACGAGGUGAUUGCUGAAACAACACUCGAUGGGGAUUCCCGCAAAAUCCUUGGGCAAGUAUACAAGACCUUCUACUCUAAAGUAGAUAAAUCAAAGUGUAGACGCCAACACUGUAAAGCGUAAGGCUGAAGCGCUCCUGAUGAACGUUUAAAUAGGUACCAAUUAAAUAAACCAAGUAUGCA